AUGGCGUUUGGCGGAGGGUCUAGCUUUUCCUUUGGGUCGAACAAUAAUCAAGGCACUGGCUUCAGCGGCUUCGGAAACAACAAUAAUAAUAGCACACCAAGCGCUUUCGGAUCUACCAGCAAUACCGGUGGAUUCGGCUCCACGAGCACCACCAACAAUCCUUUUGCGACCAACACAGGUGGCAGUAGCACGUUCGGAUCCAACACUGGUGGAGGGUUCGGUACCAACUCGUCCGGUGGCGGCCUCUUUGGCAACAAAACCACUGGCACUAGCCUCUUUGGUUCAACGAACACAUCCUCAAACACUGGAGGUGGCCUUUUCGGCAACACUGCCAGCAACACUAGCACAGGCUUCGGAAGCUCAACUGGGGGCUUUGGUAGCAACAAUACUACAGCCUUCGGAAACAAUAACAACAAUACCUCCACGACUGGAUUUUCAGGGUUUGGCAGCACAGCCAACAAGCCUGCGUUCGGCUCUGGUUCCAGCGGAACUACUCUGUUCGGUCAAGGUGGUGCAGGCACGACUGGGGCUUUCGGCAACAGUGGUGGCACUGGCUUUGGUGGUUCGGGUACAGCGCUCGGUCAAGCCGUGGGUCCAUCUCAGGGCACAGGCAAUGUACCAUUCAAUGCAGUGAGCGAGAAAGACACAAAUGGCACUGUCAACUAUCAGAGCAUCUCAUUCAUGGAGAACUACAACAAGUACUCGCCAGAAGAAUUGAGAAUUGCCGAUUACAAUGCCGGCCGCAAGUUCGGCAACGGCGCCGGCCAGCCUGCAGGUGCUUUCGGCUCAAGCGCUUUCGGUGGUGGCGCAUUCGGGUCGAACAACACAUCGAGUGGCUUCGGGUCCAACAAUGCCACAAGCACCAACCUUUUUGGAACGAAUAACUCGUCGACUACUGGGGGCUUCGGUAGCAAUACUGGCUCGACCUUUGGCAACAAUAGUGGUGGAUUGUUCGGCCAGAACAAGCCUGCUGCUACCACAGGCGGUCUGUUCGGCAACCAGUCCUCGACCACCAACACUGGCGGCUUAUUCGGAACCAGCAACAACACUUCUAGUGGUGGUUUGUUUGGCACGAACUCGAACACUUCCACCACAGGCGGUUUCGGGUCCAACUCAGGUGGCGGAGGCUUGUUUGGCAACAAUAACAAUAACGCUCAGUCAAAGCCUGGCGGUCUCUUCGGCAACAAUUCCUCCACGACUUCAGGAACCACAGGGUUCUCGUUCGGCAACAACAAUAGCCAGCCGCAGAACAACACUACAGGUGGCGGUCUCUUCGGCAACAACAAUCAGUCAACCAGUGGUGGACUGUUCGGUAACAACAGCAACCAGCAAAAGCCAGGCGGACUUUUCGGCAAUACCUCGACGGGAGGCGGCUUCGGCUCGACCAACACCGCCCAGCCCUCAGGUGGCUUGUUUGGCACAUCGAACAAUACCACAAGCACAGGCGGCGGUCUCUUCGGCAACAACAAUGCCACGGGUAACACGUCGACAGGAGGUGGUCUUUUCGGAAACACACAAUCGAACUCCAGCAGUGGCGGACUGUUCGGCAACAAUAAUGCCAGCAAUCAGGCGAAGCCUGGUGGUCUAUUUGGUGGAAGCACUUUUGGCAAUCAGCAACAGAGCAAUACUGGAGGUGGCUUGUUCGGUAACAAUAACACCACUACCCAGACUUCUACUGGCGGUGGAUUGUUUGGUAACAAUAACAACAACAAUACUGCAAGUGGCUUCAACUUUGGGGCUAGUCAGAAUAAACCUGCUGGCUCAUCGCUAUUCGGCAACACAAGCACCACCAAUACCCAGUCUGGUGGGCUCUUCGGAUCCACCGCCAACAGUGCCUUUGGCAACUCGAUGAGUCAAUCGCAGAUGCAGCCUCAGGGCGACAUCAAGCACUCGUCUCUGCUCGACAGCAAUCCCUACGGUCAAUCAUCCAUUUGGACUGGCCUUCCAAGUCCUACAGAACAGAAUUCGAAGCCGCUGGUCACGCCGUUGACGGCCUCUCAGAGCCUGAAGGAUAGCCAGGCGAGACCGCCACCAAAUCUCCGCCUCAAUCAGUCGAGGUACAUGACCCCUCCGCGCCGUGGCUAUGGUUUCACGUACUCCACUUACGGCACACCCAACAGCGCUGCAAGCACUCCUGGAGGCAACAGCUUGAGCACAAGUAUGUAUGGCAGUCGCUUCACAGGCGGUAGCUUCGGACGCUCCAUGGGCAAGUCUGCCUCUAUCGGCAACAUGCGAUCAUACUACAGUGAAGGAGAAAGUGUCCUGGCGCCCGGCGCAUUCACUCCAAGUUCGUCGAGGUACUCGAGUGGUAGCAUCCGCCGUCUGACCAUCGAUCGAUCAAUCCGAGACGAUCUUUUCAGCCGUCCGUCUUUGCCAGGACCUAGCAACAGCUCCAAGACUGCUAGUCCUGCUCCGCCGAAACCCGCCAGCCACGCAGCCACUGCUGCCCCUGCACCCAUCGAAGCCACACCAGAAGCUGCAAGUGGCAAGCUCAAGAAGCGAGUCAGCUUCGACAAAGAUACCGCUGGCGGCCAGAACGGCGAGCUUGACUCCAACACCGGAGCCGUCGUCGUGCGUGCAGAAAGUGAGGAGGAAGCCACACCACCUGCAAGCGGUGCCGUACAGCCACCGGAAGCGCCGCGCAACAACGCGCUGGCUGCUGUCCCUGAAGAUCGAGAAUCGGAGCACGUGUCAGCUCCCAAGGGCCAGACAGACACGCGCGACCCACAACCCGGAGACUACUGGUCGAAGCCCACCGAGAAAGAGAUCCAGGCUAUGACUCGUGAUCAAGCUGCUCACUUCAAGGGAUUCACUGUCGGUCGUAAAGCCUGUGGCCAGGUCACAUUCGAUGCAGAAGUCGAUCUGAAAAGCUUACUUCCGUUGAGCGAAAAGUUCGGCAAGAUCAUCGACAUAAGCGUUCGCUCGGUUGCCGUGUAUCCAGAUUCGUCUACGAAGCCUCAGCGUGGCAAAGGCUUGAAUGUGCCGUCGACUAUCUCUAUUGAGAACUCUUGGCCCCGACGGAAAGGUAAAGGCGAAGCUGUGGGUAGCGGCCCCUCUUACGACCGACACAUUCGUCGUCUCAAGGCCAUGGAAAAUGCAGAGUUCGUCAGCUAUGAUCACAAGACUGGAGUCUGGACUUUCAGGGUUCCUCAUUACACGAGAUACGGUCUGGACUACGACGAUGACGAAGAUGAGGAGGAGGCGGAUGACUUCGAAACUAGCCAGCUCUCUGCGCCACCUGACAGCAUGAAAGCGCCUACUCAAUCUGUCAUGGAAGUCGACAGUGAUCACACUAGUGACUUUGGAGAGGACGACACGUUCCAAGGCAAACAGAUGAUGACUAUUCCCGGAGGAUAUGGCCGUCAGAGCGCAAUUCCUGUUACGGAGGACUCUAUUGUGCAGACGAUCGAGCACGACAGUCCGCAAUCCGAGCAUCCAGCAUACUCAGAGAAUGACAUGUCAGAUGAUGACGAUGGAAUGGACAUGGCCGGCUCCUACCCUGCGCCAAACGACACGGACAGUCGACCACGGCUGGUCCCUAACACUCCACGCAACCCUCUCGCCGGCAUCGAUCUCGACGAUGACUGGGCUGAGCAACUCCAGCGCACUAUUAGCCCACGCAAGCAGAAUCGGGAUGCAUUGCGGGAAGCUCAAAACAACCCUGGAGUGCUCCCUGAUGGGAAAAACGCGCCCGAUUUCAAGACAUCUAUUGAUAUCAUGAAUGCCUUGUUCGGGAACAAAAAUUCCUUCCAGGCGGGCUUCAAGCCGAAAUCCACCUACAAGGGCGAUUCUGGCCAGCCAUUGAACAUCAAGCAAUUGCUACAGUCCGCCGUUAUACGGCAGACAGACGGCAUACCAGAUAUCACGUACGCCGAGCUCCCAUUCUCUGCAUACGCUAGCGCAUUUCCGGCUGGGGAGGCCGCUGAAGCGCAAAUGUACGAACUAUUGCACGUGCUUUUCGACGACUACGAAGACAUGUUCAACGACGGUCUCACCGCUAUUCAACGAGCAGAGUACGCCGGGCGCAUCCGUAGCGACCGGCUUUCGGAAUUCUUGCGAAAGACACUCUCCGAGGCUGCAGUAUCCCAAACCACCACCAGCGAUCCUGUGAGAUCUGCACUCCAAUACCUUGCAGUUGGGGAUACCGAGCGAGCGUCCAACACCCUUCUGGAAGGCAAAAAUGUCACGCUGGCUAUGCUGGUAGCUCAGCUUCCCAACGCAGGUUCGCUGUUUCAGGGAAACGUUCGUGCUCAAAUCGAAAAAUGGCGCGAACAAAGCAUGCUUUCUGAGAUCGAGUUGGAUAUCCGGGCCAUCUACGAGUUGCUUUCGGGCAAUACCACAAUCUCCCAAGGCAAGGCUGGUCCGGUCGAGCACAAAGCCGCCACGUUCAGCAUUAGCGAGCGCUUCAACCUGGGUUGGUUGACUAUGUUCGCCGUCAAUCUGUGGUACGGUCCUCGCAAGAACGGGAACAUUGAGCACGUUAUCGAAGAUUUUGCGAACAAGCUCUCGUCUCGGCAGGAAACGUCUUCACCUCUGCUUACCGAUGGCAGCGAGGAUCCCCUCUGGGUUGCCCUGCGCUUGUAUUCUCUCUGCAACGGUCAGAAGGGAACAGACGCUGCCACUAUCGUCUUUCCCCAGGCACUGGCAGCACUCUGCCACCAAGAUCCCCUGAACAACUUUGCCCUUUUCCGUGCGCAUCACGCUAUCCUGCAUUGCCUCAAGCCGGCCAGCAAGCAAUCCGUGGUCGUCAUUGACGAGGAGCGGGAAGAGCAGCUUGUUGCGAUGGUGGCUGCAGAGUUCGAAAGCAAGGGAGAUGGUCUGGCGGCCGCGUUUGUGUUGCUGCAUCUACGGAAUCAGAACGCGAGAAUGGCGGCGCUUAAGGACGUGCUGGGGCGCAAAAUCAUGGAGCUUUUCCCGCCUACGACCUUUGAUGUAUUGACCCAGGAGCUGCACAUCCCGGGCGGCCUCUGGUAUGCUGCGGCUGCGAUUUUCGCUCGCGGUCGCGAUGCAAAUGUGGAGCUGGAGUGUUUGCUGCGGGCAGGAGACGUCAGAGGUGCUCAUGCUUGCUUUCUCGAGCGUGUCGCGCCUGCCAUGGUCGUUGACGAGGACUGGGAGGGCCUGAGGCGGGCUCUGAGCAUGUGCAGCGCCAAUGGCGCGCCGUUGGCCGGGAAUGAACACGGGGCGGCCUUUGAUGACUUCUGCAAAGUCGUUGAGGGAGGUCUUACCGGGAACGCGAAGCAAGCUGCUCUGUCACGAGCUUGCAAGGGAAUCUGCGCUCUGUACAACACGGUCUCCUACAUUGGCAGCAAGGGUGGUGCUGACGAGGGCACUGAGAUGCUGCAGCGACGCGUUGCGCUUCGGGAAAUGGCGCGUAGGAUCGCGGAUGAGUGGGAGGGUGUUGCUGGUCUGAAUGAGGUGCUCGAAUUGCCGCUCGACGGCUUCGUGAAGCGGCGUCUGGGAAUGAAGAUGGCUGCAUCGCAUUUCGCGGCGGUCAUGAAUGCGGAGGCUUAG